AUGUCAAUUAUAAGGAUCUCCUCUAAACUUGUCAAGACACCCAUGGGCUACAUGGGCACAUUGAGUGGAGUGGUUUGCGGGGUGGAGAAAGAGGGGAUGCUGGGUUUGGGGGAGUAUGAUGGGGUGGCUAGGGGAGGAUGGGCUUGGUGGGAGCGGGCUGGGGCUGUGCAUGGAAUGUGA